GAGCAAAUGUAAACAGUAAAUGGCUGACUAGUGUAGGUUAGUGUUCAUCUGAUCAGUGUGGCGAUGGACCAAUCAAUAGUGAUGUGACACUUAUCUCUGCAGUACCAUGCUUGAGACCUGGAGAUCAGAGUUGGUGGUGCUUGCAUUUGUUACAUUAGAGCUCCCUGUCAUGAUGAUGUUGGACUGUCUUGCCGGGAAAGACACAGAGUGUAGACACAAAGGUUCUUGUCAACAGUCCCUGGAUUGUAAAUUAUGGAGAUACCAUCUGUUAAAAAGCUGCCCGGAACCUGACGUAGACAACAACGAUUUUGCGGUGUGUGAUGAAUGGCGUAACUGUUACCGUGCAGUAGAUUACUGUGAUGGGGUGAAGGACUGUAUAGAUGGGCGAGAUGAGAAAUACUGCUGUCCAGCGGGAACUUACAAGUGUGACACCUGCAAAAUGUUACAGUUCGUCACAUUCCUGUGA